GCUAAGCUAACAUCAGGUUAGCUUUGCUGCAUAGCAACCUGCAGUUACAGGUUUCCUGACAUGUCCAUCUGAUGUGUCUGUGUAAACGUUGCUGGUUGUUACAUGCGCACACUUUUCCUACACUUCCGACUCCAAACAAGAUGAAGAUGGAGGCAGAAACAUCUAGGGCUUUCCACCAGUGGACCUUCCAGACCAGUGACUGUUAGCCAUGUUGUCCAGGUUGAGGACGACCUGGUCCUUGAGGCCGUGCGCCUCUGUUUGCAGAUGGGCACACACCAAAGAGAAGGGCAAACCUCUGAUGCUCAACCCUCGCACCAACAAAGGCAUGGCCUUCACUCUGCAGGAGCGACAGAUUUUAGGGUUACAUGGUCUGUUGCCUCCUAAAGUGGAGACUCAGGACAUUCAGGCCAUGCGCUUUCAGAAUAAUCUCAAGAAGAUGACUGAUCCCCUGGAGAAGUACAUCUACCUGAUGGGCAUCCAGGAAAGGAAUGAGAGGCUUUUUUACAGGUUGUUGAUGGACGACAUCGAGGAGCUGAUGCCCAUUGUUUAUACUCCCACUGUAGGCCUGGCCUGCACACAGUAUGGACACAUCUUUAGAAGACCUAAGGGCUUGUUCAUCUCCAUCUUGGACAGAGGACACAUCCGCUCCAUCCUGGAUAACUGGCCAGAAACUAAUGUUGCAGCCGUAGUAGUGACUGACGGAGAGCGUAUUUUAGGCUUAGGAGACCUGGGUGUUUAUGGAAUGGGCAUCCCUGUCGGAAAGCUUUGCCUGUACACUGCCUGCGCCGGUAUUAGACCUGAGAAAUGUCUGCCUGUGGCGAUAGAUGUCGGCACGAACAAUGAGACUCUCCUCAAGGAUCCGAUGUACAUGGGCCUGUACCAGAAGCGAGAUCGCUCUCAAGCCUACGAUGAUCUGAUUGAUGAGUUCAUGGAAGCUGUGGUGGACAAAUACGGGCAGGACACGCUAAUCCAGUUUGAGGACUUUGGAAAUCACAACGCCUUCCGCUUCCUCAGGAAGUACAGGGAGAAGUACUGCACCUUCAACGAUGAUAUCCAAGGCACUGCGUCUGUGGCCCUUGCUGGUCUGUUAGCAGCUCAGAGAGCCAUUGGCAAACCCAUCACUGAACACCGGGUGCUUUUCCUGGGAGCUGGAGAGGCUGCCCUCGGUAUUGCCAAUCUGAUUGUCAUGGCAAUGAUGGAGAGUGGGAUGACCCAAGCUGAGGCCAGAGAAAAGAUCUGGAUGUAUGAUAAAUUUGGCUUACUUGUAAAGGACAGACCGCAGGAAAUAGACAGUAACCAGGAGGCAUUUGUUCAUGACAGUCCGGGGGAUGUACAGAGCUUCCUAGAUGCAGUCAACACCAUCAAACCCACAGCUAUCAUUGGUGUGUCAGGAGCUGGACGUCUGUUCACCCACGAUGUCAUCAAGGCCAUGGGAACCCUAAACAAACGACCAAUCAUCUUCGCCCUUAGUAACCCGACCACGAAAGCAGAGUGUACAGCAGAGGAUGCCUACACACUCACCGAUGGUAGAUGUCUUUUUGCCAGUGGCAGUCCAUUCGGUCCUGUGACUCUGAAAGAUGGCCGCGUCAUCAUUCCUGGACAGGGGAACAACGCUUACAUCUUUCCAGGCGUGGCCUUGGCUGUGAUCCUGAGUGGAGUGAGACACAUCAGUGACACAGUGUUAUUAGAGGCUGCUAAGACACUUGCAGAGCAGCUGACAGAUAAAGAGCUGGAAGACGGCAGACUCUAUCCUCCUCUCUCCAACAUCAGAGAGGUCUCCGUCCAGAUGGCUGUCAAGGUGGUGGAGUAUGUCUAUGCUAAAGGCAUGGCGUUUCGCUACCCUGAGCCUGUGGACAAGGAGGGCUUUGUACGCGCUACUGUGUGGGACACCAGCUACGACUCCUUCAUGCCAGAUACCUACGACUGGCCAGGUGUCAGCUUCAGCCCCAAGACUAAAUAGAAGUAGACCACACCCUCUCAGUGCUCUUUGUUUUCCACUUAACUCACAGAUCACAGGUAUUUUGAGACGAUCAUAAUUAUGUUAGUGCAAACAUUAGCUUAUGAAAACAGGCAGCAGAGGUCUCUUACUGCUGCUACAUACGUUUGCACAAACCCAGUCAUAUUGGAUCUGUGAAAAGGCAGAUUGGAAAGUGGCAUUUGAAUGAUAACAGCCAUUUUCACAGUUCUUUAUCACCUCUGCAUCACAUGUAAACCUGCGCAGCACCUGGAGGGCCACCUGGUGGUGGGAAAAGGCAGUGUGGAAAUCUGGUUUCAUUGUUGAAACCUUGAGAUAUAUUUUAAUUAUUAUCGAUUAUAUUAUAUCUAUCAUUAUCUAUCAUCAAGGUUGCAUCAGUAAAUUUAAGCACUCUAUAAAUUAGACUAUGGUGAAUAGUAAACCCAACACUGAACACUGUGCCUCUGCUCGAGGUUGAGACUGGUUUUUACAAGAUACUGUACUAGAAAUGACUCUAUGAUGUCAACCUUUUGUUAGGAAAUGCAGCAUACUAUUAUCUUUUUGCAACCUGUUUUAAAAGGUAGUCACUCCUCAUUUAUUGUAACAGUUGUUUGUUGUGUACACUCCUGAUGCAGAGGUUAGUCUUUAGUUAGCACUUAAUAAUAUUCUGACUGUAUGUAGCUACAUAGAGAUUACAGAACAUAACGCACAUUCAUUAACAUGAAGUACGGACAUUGCCUUUUCUCACAUCAGGUGGGCCUCUGGUGGCUUCACUGAUCUAACCAAUGCCUGGUGUAAGACAUAAGGUUUAAGAACCUUUUUAAACUAUGCUUAAAUCAGGCCACAUUAUCAGAGUCCUAGUAGAGCAGAGGGUUAAAGCACUUGUCCUUUGUGAGCAAACUAAGAGACAAAGAGAGGACAGGAUGUUACUCGAGAGAAAUGGAGAGAAUAUAUAAAGAGAGACCUCAGAAAACAGUGUGAUUUUAUGAAGGGAAAGUUAUAUCUAAAAACACAAGAAGUGAACGUCCACUCAAACAUUGUAUUUGUUCACAUGCUUUUGUCACAUUGUAUUUAUUUCUUUGAAUUUAUUUAAUUUUAUUAGGGUGUAUUAAGAUGUUUUGUCCUUUGGCUUUGUGAGAAAACCUGUUAUCAACACUCCUUUAAUGAGUUGUGGUAAAAUUAAUCCAUCCCUAAAAAUGAACCCUUUUGCUUAACUGUGAUUUUAAAAAAAAGCUGAAUAUAAAAUGUAACCUAAAUAUUUAAGAAAACUAUGCGCAGUAUCAAAUGAUUAUUUUCUAUUUGGAUUAUAUUUUGUGUACUGUACAUAGGCUUUUGUGGAAACUGAGACUGUCUAUGGAAAGAGUGUUUAUAAAGUUGUGUCAAGUACA